AGGUCCUCGGGGGCCAAGCGCAGCGGAGUGCUGGGAAGUGCUGGGAAGUGUGGACGAGCACACCGGGGAGCUGCGGCGGCUCAGGGUGCAGGGCUCAGAGGGGAGGUCUCCACCGGGCUACUUCCCGUGACGGCUGCCAGUACCUGCCAGUCGCUGCCAGUCCGUCGCCCCAUCGAGGGCGCCUCGUGCGUCCGGAACGCGAGCCGCCUCGAGAUGUGCGACAGGACUCGCUGAGAGUCGCCUCACUCUCCGUCUCCGUCCCUCCUGCGAGUCGGCGGAUUACAUGAAGAAAGAAGAGAGCUCCACGGCGUGACAGGUGCCGAGGAGCAUUCUCGGAGAUGGAGAUCCGGAGGCUUUAGGACUUCCUUCGGUCUUGGUCCAGCCCUGAUCCCAUCUUCCUGUAAUCAGGUCAAUCCUCGGAGGAUGUCGCGAAACGAGGCGACUCCACCGCGGACGCGCUGAUAGAGCUCCGCUCCAGAAUCCGGGGGAGAAGACUGGCUGGGAAGAGAAACCCUCCUUCAAGAUGGGCAAGUGUUGCAGCAAACGGCAAGACCCACAGCCCAUUGUGUGUUCAGGUUACAAGAAAGCGGAUACAGGACUCAGCUCGAAGCACAGCAAUGGCGGGUCCUUGGAUCGGUACACGGCCGAUCCUAAUCAGAGAGGAGUUCAGGCCAGGGCGGAUAUUAUCCGACCGAGGCCUACCCCCUGUAAGAUACAGAUACCGCAUCAACCCCGUAAAGCAAGCUCGCCUGUUGUUGUGUCUGCAUCGCACUCUCAGAGGGCUAACAAAAUCGUCGUCGCUCUGUACAAUUACACCGCUCGGGAAAGCACCGACGUCAGCUUCGUCAAAGGGGACCGAAUGGAAGUGUUGGACGACACGGAGCUGGACUGGUGGAAAGUGCUGCACUUGACGACUCUUCAGGAAGGUCUGAUACCAUGGAACUUCGUAGCCGUGGAACGAUCCGUCGAGAGCGAAGACUGGUUCUUCGAGAACGUGUCCCGAAAGGAGGCGGGGAAACUUCUUCUGGUGGACGAGAACCCCCGUGGGACCUUCCUGGUGAGGCCGAGCGAGCACAAUCCCAGGGGAUACAGCUUGUCGGUGAAGGACUGGGAAGAAGGCAGAGGACAUCACGUAAAGCACUACAAGAUCAAGCCCCUGGACAACGGCGGCUUCUUCAUCGCCACCAAUCAAACAUUCCCCACGUUACCCGCCCUCGUCAUGGCGUACAGUAAAAACGCCCUAGGACUGUGCCACGUCCUCUCGAAGCCCUGUCCGAAGCCGCAGCCGGACAUGUGGGACCUAGGUCCAGAGCUGCGGGACAAAUGGGAGAUCAACAGGAACGAGAUCCAGCUGAUCAGGAAGCUGGGCCACGGUAACUUCGGCGAAGUCUACUACGGGAAGUGGCGGAACAAGAUCGAGGUAGCGGUGAAGACGCUGCGACCUGGGACGAUGUCCUCGGAGGCCUUCCUCCAGGAGGCGACCAUAAUGAAGCAGUUCAGGCACAGGCACUUGGUCGCGCUUUACGCGGUCUGCUCGAAGGAGGAGCCGAUCUACAUAGUCCAGGAGUACAUGUGCAACGGGAGCCUCCUGGACUUCCUGAGGACCGGGGACGGGAAGUUCAUGCAGUUCGAGGACCUCAUCUACAUAGCCGCCCAGGUAGCUUCCGGGAUGGAGCACCUGGAGAGCAAACAGCUCAUACACAGAGACCUGGCCGCGAGGAACGUCCUCAUAGGCGAGAAGAACAAGGCCAAGAUCUGCGAUUUCGGGCUCGCCAGGGUGAUCGAGGACGACGAGUACUGUCCAAAGCAGGGCAGCAGGUUCCCGGUCAAGUGGACCGCUCCGGAAGCUAUCGUCUAUGGUAGAUUCAGCAUCAAGAGCGACGUCUGGUCGUACGGGAUCCUCCUCAUGGAGCUCUUCACGUAUGGGCAGGUCCCCUACCCGGGGAUGCACAGCCGAGAAGUGAUCGAGCAAGUGGGCAAGGGCUACCGGAUGCCGAAGCCGCUUAACCACCCCCUGCCCGACAGCAUCUUCCGGUUGAUGCUGCAAUGCUGGGACGCCUGUCCGGAGAAGAGGCCCACCUUCGAGUUCCUGAACCACUACUUCGAGUCGUUCAACGUGACCAGCGAGAUACCGUACCUCGAGCCGCCGACGGACUGAUACACGGUCCACAUGCAAACCCAUCUGGUGCCGCACGGUCAUUUCCAUCCAGCGCACGUAAACUGUGCGAUGGAGUUCUACGGUAUUUAUUGUUAAAUAAGGGCACCAAGUGGGGCAGCUCUCGGCCGAGCCGCUUAAAGCCGCGCCGAGUCGCGCGAUGCCAAAGGGACCCAAAACCCCAUCGCCGGGAGCGCGACGAAGACGUCGAGACGCUGCCAGAAUCUAGCCCAAUCCCCGGACUCUACCAGGAGCAUAAUUGGAACAUGCCGGAUCGCUCCAGGAGGGUGGUCCCCGGAUUAGCCGGGGAUGGAAGAUCCGCCCCUCGCCUUCGAGCACCCGAUAUCGAUGGUCCGGACUCUAACGAAAUACCACUUCCGGCGAGCAGGUCGAAGGGCGAAACGUUGCGUGCCAUUCACUUUGUAAACUCCGUAAGCCUUGUCGACGAAGACCUUGGAUAUCUCGGAAGAGCGUACACAAGAGGAGAAAUCGAGGAUCGACUUCGGUACCUGUCCCGGGAUCCUUGCUGACGUUCUCGACAUUUAGUUCCAGGGUGCCAUCAGGAGUACUCUUCGCGUAGCCGACGUGAGUAUCCGCCGAGCCGAGGCGGCAGGCUAUUGAAAGAAAAAGAAGGAAAGGGAAGAACACGGAAAAACGGAGACCCUCGGUUAAGGAGAAAUGUCGCCAGGGAUACCUUUCGGACUGUACAGCCAUUUUGGGAUACCAGGAUAUACUCUAGGUAGUCUCUAGAUUAACUGGAAAUUAAGCUAGAGGAUGUUCACCCUGGUCGGGUUCCGUCGUAUCGAAAUUCUUUGGGAAAUUUGGAGAACCGCCCGGGAGGGCGAGUUUUCGGAUGCCGCCCCCUUCGCGAUCGAUGCACCCCUGUCGAUUGAGAUAUUAAAUUCCAGGGUCAGGGAAUUUCCGGAUAUUGGGAAUUCGACUUUUGUAGGAAUUUUACGGCCCUCGCGGGUGCCUUGGAUUUAUUUAACGGAGGGCCGAGGAGUACUCUUCGAUCGGUCGUCGAUGAUAAUCCAGAACUUAAUGAGUUCCUUGAUGGUAGAGUUAAUGUAAAGUGCACUGUCAAGGGCGAUUCCGCGUCUCCCUUUUUUAAUAUCUCGCGCGAGAAGUCGAAGGUCUUCGGGCGAAGAGUUGUUAAUUGUAAGAUGGUGUUUAGAAAGUAGAGUCGGCAGUAGCCGGCGAUGGAUAACGUAGCGUUUUAACUGAUAAGAGAUUAAACUAGUUGCCGUGGCCGCGCUCUAGCCAAGUAGACGGCGGCCACUGUAUAUAUAUGAAGACGACAUUUCGCGUAAAGUCUACGUAUUAUACAUAUUGUAAACCCGUAGCCACUUUACAUUGAUCUCGCGGCGGCCGGGGCCGAUGAUUUUUUUAUUCGAAGCAAUCGGACUCCCGAUAGUCCGUUGAUAAAAUCGUUCGAGACUGAGGGGCCGAUCCGGCAGCGGAAAAAAAAAAAAAAAAAAAUGUCGCGUGGGAAAUGCCUGCUUGUAUCGUUGCAUACAAACAUCGCACGUGAAACAAGCAAAGCGCCUCAGAAAACACCCCAGAAGCACUUUGAACGGGAUUUUCACGAUUUUCAUGCCGUUAGAAAAUUAUAGAAAUAUUCGAUUAACUCUUAACUCGUUAUGAAAAUCGUGCGGAAACAUCGAAUCCGUGCUCGGCGUGUUUCUCUGAGUUGUUUCGCCGAUUUUGGCCAGACAACGGACAGCGUCGGUGGUAUUCGUCAUUUAAGUGCCGAACAACGAACCGUUUCGAGUGUACAUUGUAUUUAAAAGGAUCUCGUUAAUUACAAUUACAAUUUUAAUAAGUAAAUCUAAAUGAAAAUAGUUAACGCGACUGCGAGAUCGUGUCUCACGCCUGUUGUUGAUGAUUGUUCGGCAAUUAAAACGCGAACUACCACCCUUCGUCGGCGUCGAAGAAGACUUCCUUUACUCCGAUUUUUCGUCAGCUCUUGCCUGCCUCCUUUAGUUUUAACGCUUUACCCGCGUUUCUUCCGAGGUAUUCCCAUUCUCUCCCUCUCUUUCUUUACCAGUUUAACAUUUACAAUAUGAAUUAUCAUAGAGAUUAUAUCCAUACGAUUCCACGCUGUGAUUGUCUCUCGCAGGUGCAGAGAGCAGUUUGAUCGAAGAGCUCGAAAGACAUCAUUUUAAUUCUUUUCUUUUCUUUUCUUUUUAAUCAAACCUUUAAGAGGAUGCCUCGCGCCGAAAUAUUAAUUAAUAACUGCCCCGAGUAUAAUCCCCGAUCGCCUUUGGUAGGCCUUCUCGUCUCGGUUCAGAAUCUCCCGCCAGAGGCAGGAAAAUACCGGGGGAAACUUUUCGAAAGGAAAAAGAAAAACCGAAACAAAAAAGCAAUUGGGAGCAAACUCCGUGAGUUCAGAAGUCUCUAAUUAAUCCCGUGUAAAAAGUACAUAUCUGCUCCCUACGUGUUUCCUACUUUCCUUUCCCAGUUUCGCUUAAAUAGACCCAGUUUCCCUGAGACAUAUUCCCAACAGGGGAAGGCGCAGCCUCUGUAAGAGCAUUUUCCGGGGACGUCUUGUGGAUGGGAAAAGAGAUAUUCAUAAAUUAAAAUGGGGGGGAAGAAAACAGAAAAAGUGGGUUCGUUCGUUGCGUCCGAGCGAGCCGAGACAUUGAGUUACUAGAAGCCGAUUGAUAACGAGCAAUGAUGAGCAAUGCGUGAAUGGGCAAGUGUGCGUGCGUGUGUCACUGUAAAGGAGGUCCGAACAAUGCCGUACACCUCGGGCCGCUUGGGUAACGUAAAACGUAAUAACUUAAGUCAUCGAUGUUACUCGUACAAAGUAUCCGAAGAAUUGUACAUUUUCUACUCGAGGGAAUAACAGAGGAAAAAAAAGAAUAAUAAGGAUUAGGGCAGGUCGUAGGAUAGGUAAUACGUGUGGAGCCUUCGCGGAUGAAAACGAGGUCUUUGUUGAGAGAUAGGAGCGCCCAAGCUCGAUCUCGAGAGAAGUCCUUCCAAGGACCAUCGACCGAAAUUUUCUCGAUGACCGACGAGAGAUUCCCACCACGUGGAAUGACGAUCUUAACGAACUAAUCGUUUGUGCGGGGUUAACGCGGAGAUGGGAAUAUUUCUACUCGAUGAGUCUCAAGGCGAGCGCACUUGUACAUUGUUACCGAGGACCUGAUAACAAUUGCGGGACCAUCGAUGCGACGCUUUUGUCAGAGAGAUAUAUUGCCAAGUCGAUUCUACUCGUGAUGUGUCAUCCCGAGGAAACCCGCUGUAAAGACCUCCGGUGAGAUACGUCCAUCCGACUUGUAAUCAAAGAUCAUUCUCCUCAGUAGACAAUCGGAAUUGUUGCCUGUCCUGUGAUGUAAAGUUGUUAGGAAAAAUUGGCAAGCAGCUACCUCUGAAGCUUUUUAUUUCAUUCUAUAAGUUAAUUCCUGGAGUAGCGGUGUGCCCAUCUCCGGAGUCGAGGGAAAAAACAAAAGACGCGUUACGCAGCGGCUGCGUAGCCAAUUAGAGAAUAGUCGUACGUCCAAUAAGAAUUUUUCUAUAAAAAGAAAGGAAGAAAAAAAAAAAAAGAGAGAAGGAAAGAACGUUUUAUACCGACCAAAAUGAUGUUGCUGUGUUAUAUACUCGACGCGUCCUUCCGGCAGCCGUUUGACGCCCAGUUUUUAAUAUAUCUAAGGACACAUUUCACCCAUUCAUGUAGAAUCUCGAAGGCGACAUGUUUUUUCUUUUUUUAUGUAUAUACAGGAAAACGCAAAAAUUUCUACGCGUUGGCGAUGACAGAGAGUGUAUAACGGAAGUAGCGACUCGAUGAACAAAAAUGUGUGAACGCAGAAGAGAUACCAAGUCAAGAGAGAAAAGCCAAGGCCCUUGUCAUUUAAAUCUUGAGCUCAUGACCCCCUCCCUCCUGGUAUUGAAUCAAAGUACAAGUAAUAACUACCGCGCGUGUUUAUGCAAACGUUCAGGUAGCUAUUCUAACGCCGAGUGAACAGUGCCUCGUUACUUGAACAUUACCUACGAACAUUAGGUACCGUAGGCUGUGGUUAUAAAUUUAACUCGACUAAUUUAUACGCCAGGUAAUUAUUUAUGUACAAUCGAAUCGAUUUGGGUUGAGUCUUUCGCACCGAUCUCCCUUAUACGCUCCGUUUUUGUGCAUUCGUAUAUAUGUAUGUACGGUGUCCAUGACAGCUGAGUUGUUGAGGACGUAGUGAGAAAAUAAUCCGCGGAGAAACGUGUGCCCAGAUAAAAAUAGAUAUUAUAUAAGGACAAGCCAGGAGGGAUGGCGAGGCGGACGAGUUAAAGAAUCGAGCCUCUGUUCUUUCGAGUCGCGACCGCAUUUGCAUACGCCUUUGAUCUUUCCACGUCAACAAAUAAGGACGAUGACCGCAAUCGUCACGACCGGCGACCCGAAGUCCCCGUUGCACCUAGCAGACAAAUUUUUCGAGGCGAUUUUCUCUCUUAACGAAGGAAAAAAAAAAAGAAACAGAGGUAAAAAGGCGAACUUCAUCCCAGGGAGCGACGUUUCUACUGCCAUUUUUAGAAUAGCCGACGAAAAAAAUUCUCAAAGUGCUCGAAACUCCCCGCGGUCGCGAGUCCCUUGGGAUGAAAGAGACCUUCAUCGAGGGCGAGAAUAGAGGAAAAGAAAAGGAAAUUCUAAACCGCAUACCUAGAGUACUUAUAAAUCGCGUUUGGCGUAUCUAAGAGAAGCUGAUAUCUCUCUCUGUAUUAACAUUAACAAUAUACAGCCUGAUACCGAACUCGGAGGUGUAGACUCGGGUGAGCGUUUUCGUGGAGUUAAUCGAUGAAUGAGUGUAAGAGAAAAAGAAAAGAGAAAGGAACUAAAAAAAAAAAAUAGGCCAGAUAAGACUCGGCACGCCGAGGAGAUACUAGCAGAAAUUUGGAACGAACGGAUCCGUCUUUGUCAAACGCUCGGGCCACGUUUCGUAUCGCUUCUACGGAAUAGAAAAAUAUUUUGGAUGCAUUUUAAAUCACGCCAGCCGUGGAGGGACUCGUUUGGGAUUUCUCUGAGUCUCCAAGGUGCCGAAGUCUCUGGUGUUACUAAUUGUUUGGUGGGCAAUUAACGUCGUUUAAUGACGCGAGUCUACACCGAGCUCUCUGUCUUCGGUUCAAGGGCCGUCUCGGCGUGGGCUCGCUCAAUGAUAAAUUUUGACAAAUGUGUGAUAUAUAUAGCAAACAGACCUCAAGUUUUGAUACCGACGUUCUAAUUGAGGGGCCUACGACGAGGAUAAUAAUAUGUCGGGGCGUUUAGCACAAAGUACUCGUGUUUCGCUGUAUAAUUCUUCUUCAAUAUAUAGAGGUCGUCAUACGGCGUGCACGUCAGAGACGCGGAGAGAAUAUUUUGGCCGCGUUUGCCCGAUUUCGAGACUCGUAAGGUAAUUGAAAAUGUAAAGAGCAGUCUUGUGUUUUCGAAAUAAUGAACAUUUUGGAAGCGCUUGGAUAUCCGAUUGUUCUUAUACAUAUUUUCCAUUGAAUUACGAGCUCGAGAGUGUCCCUAGUGUCAACGCGCGCGGUUUACUAAUACUUAAGAUAAAGAUCGAUAUAUGCUGUCGUCAUUGUUUAUGUACCAAAGCUUAUUAAGUAAUUUAAUGAUUACUUUGUAUUAUUGUAUUAUUAUAAGUCUAUACAGAUCAAUAUAUUAUGUAUCAUAUUA